AUGACUGAAGAUUCGACUGUGAACUCAAUUCGCCGCGUACUGUCGUUGCCGUUUCGUCGCCCGUCCCGGACCAGAAAAGCUUCCGAUGGAAACUCCUGGUUGAAGCGGGCGAGCAGCAGUGUCCAUACUAGCACGGUUAGCAGCAUGAAAUCAGGAACAAAACUAAACACAGCCACCGGUACCUUUGGGGCACUUGACCAAACGUGGCAUGACUGGAUUGAAAUGUACCAGAAAGGCACCCAAAACUUGAGCAACAUCGCCCGUCCUGUCUGCUUCAACGGGUACGGCCAUAUGUCUCCGCCAGAAUCAGCUAACGAGGCAGAACGCCUUCAGGCUGUUGCACGAUUGAUUGACCGCCGAGAAAUAGUCAAGCAAAAAGAGUGGUUUGACUCUAUGCUUCGGCCGAUUAUGGCCCAACAUCGUCUGAGCUGCGCAUGUAUCUCGAUCGUUGAUGCGAAUUGCCAAUAUGUGUGCUUUCAGAUUGGUUUAGGCUCUGAAAUCAGAAUUAUUUCCAGAAAAUUGUCAAUUGACGGCCAUGCACUUUUAUCUAAAGACCACUUUGCCCUGCUCGAUGCUAGCUCGGAUUGGAGAACCCAAUUCAACCCCCUGGUUCAUGGACCACCUUUUCUGAAGUUUUACGCAGGUGUUCCGCUGAUUUCAAAUUCAAAUGGUACAGCAGUUGGUGUUUUGUCCAUGUUCGAUCCCUACCUUCGGACUCAGGUCCCCCGUGGACUAAUACAAGCAUUGCAAUUUGCCGCUGAAAAAGUAAUGGAACAUAUCGAAGUCAACGCAGAGCUUCCUAGGCCUAGAAUCGAUUGGCCAGCUACUUCAGAUCCAAGAGAAAGUACAACCGACCUGGAGUCUCAGACGGAUACGCCUCUUACGGUCGACGGUGAUAGCGGAGUCCCUGACUUUUGUUUGACACACACGAAGCCGGGAAUGGCAUCCUGCUUCCAGCCUCUUGGCGGCCAGGUUGUUUUACAGCCGUAUCAAGUGUUUGAGUCUUUGUUAAAGUGUCGCAGUUUCCGUCAAGCGUUUGUCAAAGCAUGUCACAUCACCGCUAGAACACUUGGGCUCGAUGUUGUAUAUGUUGUUGAAAUUCGCGCCCGAAGCCGCUAUUUAGUUGAUGAACAAGUGUUUACUACUUUCAAAAAUGCUCAUCACGAGGACGAAAGCGCAGCCUUCGAGCGACUGCCCAAACGGCUGGUUAAAAAGCAAAUCCAAAUCCGAAAAGUUGGAAGCAACAGUGGUGUUUAUGAGCCUGAACUUGACAAAAAAGUACUGCUCUCGGCCUUGAGUUCCAAGUUUGGUCUCAAGUACACCGCCAACUGUUUUCAGGACUGUGAGGGCAGUGCGGAAUACCCUAGUGUUUUAUUGAUUCCCUUUCGCAGGACCCCAGCCACCGUUGUUAACAAGUCCAACGCAGUCAAUUCGCCGUCAUCGUGUACAAGUAUGACCGAUGAUGAGUUCACUUUCGAAGAGACUAAACCACAGCCAGAAACAAAUGUUACAGAUAAUGUUGUAUAUGUGCGUUGGGGAGGGUUCAUUAUGUGCAGUUUCUCAUCAGCAUCUUGCACUUUCUCUCCUGGAGAUGUUGCUUUUAUGAAAAAAGUUGUCAAAGCACUGGAAAAUAUCCUCUUGUGUCAACAAGAAAAGGGCCUCGCGGAUAGCCCUGCACUGUCGAAAUAG